AUGGCUCGCUGUGUAGAAGUAGUGUACCAUCUCAUGCAGCAGACCCCUCUACAGCUACAAGCACUUCUGCUACUGUCGCUCAUCAUACUACUACUGCGUCUGGCCACAACCGGCGGAGGCGGUAGCAGCAAGCAAGCAAAGGCGAAGCGUCUCCCUCCUUCGCCUCCGGCCCUUCCCAUCAUAGGGCACCUGCACCUCGUCGGCGAUCUCCCUCACGUCUCCCUCCGCAGCCUCUCCAGGACUCAUGCCGCUGACGGCCUCAUGCUCCUCCACCUCGGCUCCGUCCCGAACCUCGUCGUGUCGUCCCCACGAGCCGCCCAGGCGGUCAUGCGGACGAACGACCACCUCUUUGCGUCCCGCCCGCCGUCCAGGAUCGCCGACGCCCUCUUGUACGGCUGGUCGUCCGACAUCGCCUUCUCCCCCUACGGCGAGCACUGGCGGCAGGCGAGGAGGCUCGUCACCACGCACCUCUUCACAGUCAAAAAGGUCCAGUUGUUCCGCAUCGCCCGUCAACAGGAGGUGAAAGUGGUGAUCUCUAGGAUCCGUGAGGCCGCGGCGGCGAGCGUGGCCGUGGACCUGGGCGAGGUGGUGAACACCUACGCCAACGAUGUGGUGUGCCGCGCUGUGUCGGGUAAGUUCUUCAGGGCGGAAGGCCGGAAUAAAAUGUUCAGAGAGCUGAUCGAGGAAAACUCAGCUCUCGUCGGAGGGUUUCAUAUGGAGGACUACUUCCCAAGGUUAGCCAAGGUACGUCUUCUCCAUAGGUUCGUCCGCAACAACGUCGAGACGACACACAAGCGGUGGGACGAACUGCUAGAAGCGAUAAUAAGAGACCACGAGAAAAACCCGAUGCACCAUGGCAGGGAGAACGGUGUCGACGAGCAAGGAGAGAGUGACUUCAUCGACGUGUUGCUAUCGGUUCAGCAAGAGUUUCAUGGCAUCACCAGAGACCAUAUCAAGGCCAUCUUAAUGGACCUGUUCGGAGCGGGCACGGACACAUCGUCUCUGGUCCUAGAAUUCGCCAUGGCCGAGCUCAUGCGCAAACCUGAUCAACUCAUGGUCAAGCUGCAAGCUGAGGUGCGACGCGGCACUCCCGCCGGACAAGAAUUUGUCGAGGAGCAUAACCUGGCCGGCAUGACCUAUCUGAAGGCUGUGGUGAAGGAGGCGCUCCGACUGCAUCCGCCGGCGCCGCUCCUCCUCCCACACCUGGCGAUGGCGGACUGCGACCUCGACGGCUACAGCAUACCUUCUGAGACUCGAGUCAUCGUCAACGCAUGGGCUAUUGGCAGAGACCCCGGGUCCUGGGAGAAGCCGGACGACUUCGUGCCUGAGAGAUUCCUCGAGGGUGGCACCGCGGCAGCGGUGGACUUGACGGGCAAAGACUUUCAGUUCGUGCCAUUCGGGGCUGGCCGGAGAAUAUGCCCCGGUCUCAACUUCGGGUUGGCUACCGUCGAGAUCAUGCUGGCGAACCUCGCAUACUGCUUCGACUGGGAGCUGCCGGUCGGCAUGGAGAGGGACGAGAUCGAUAUGACGGAGGUGUUUGGUCUGACUGUGCGUAGAAAGGAGAAGCUCAUGCUUGUCCCCAACACCCACGUGGUUGCGUGA